ACGACUGUGUUAUCGAAAAGGUGGCAGAACUUGUGGGCUUUUAUUCCGGAUCUUCAUGUUUCACAAUGUCUGUCAGAAAGGACACUCUUUUUGGACUUUGUAAUGGAUCUUCACUCAGGAGAUUCUCUCUCGGGUGCGACAUCCUGGAAGAUGCUCCUCUUAUCAUAGCUUGGAUUUCUUUUGCACUGUUGCUCAAAGUGGAGGUUCUCAAGCUACACCUCCAGAAGCCUAGCUCCCCUUAUGACACUUGUUGGAUUUCUUCAUCAGAAAACAUACACAUUUCUGCCCCCAAACUUCAAUUCCUCUGUAUUGAUGAAACAAUUGAUGAUGAGGAUAUCGACUACGAUGAAGUUGGUUUUUCGUUUCAAGAUGCUCUUUCCUAUGAUCGCCAACUCCAUAUUAGCAGAGCUUCUCUCAGAUCCUUCAUGUACAAUGGCGAGCUCAUCAACAACUGAAUGUUGUUUGCAGUUAGUUGAGAGUGCGCAAAUUGACAUCUAUCGCUUAUAUGAAGUUGACCGGGAUAUUGUUGUGCCUCGUGGGUUUAAACUAUUCUUAGUUUUGCUAAUGUGAAGACGCUCACUCUAACUCAUCACUUUUCUCAAGGAUCUUGCGGCUGGAGAUGAGCUCCUUAACACUCUUCCUAUGUUUUGUAAUAUGACCGACUUGUCAGUGGAGGGAUCAUGAGAUCUUAUGUCUUUCAGGAUCUUAUCAAUGAUACUAAGAAGAUCUCCCCGUCCUAGAAAUCUCAGCUUUUGGGAGGAAUCUACGACGUUUGUUUUGACAAAAACAAGCUUUCAUAUAGUUAGGGACUACGGAUCUCCCCAGCAGUCAAAUCAAGAUUUUAGUUCACCUCUCAGGAGGCCAAGAGAGGUUUUAUGGAAGGAAUUGCGUGUGAAACCAUUCUAAGCAAAAUUGUUAACAUCGGGGUUGGGUAUACCAAGUUGUACCCAGAUUAUACUCUAACACUU